GUGUGUUUUCAAAAGCCAGAUUACAUAAUAUUAAGAUGGAUUUACUUGUCUUCUGUGGCGUACGAGACGAGCAACAUCCCGGGAAUCACAAACUAGAAAAGUAAAAUAAACAGCUGAAUAACAGUGUGCGAUGAAAUUGAAAAAAAAAAGUAUAAAUAUGUGACAAGGAAAAUAGCUCUACAGAGACUGACAGCAAAAUGUGUCAAAGGUUAAGAAUUCAGUGAUUCUGAAAGCUUUUCUUGUGAAAAUGUUAUGAGAAAUUAUAUGUCUGGUAGCGUUUUUAUGUAGACUCGUUUUAGCUGUUAAGAUGCCAUUUGGAAAUAUUAUAAUUGUUCCCGGUCCGACCCGACGGAGGAGUUCUCUCACAGACUUGCCGACUUACCAGCGUCGACAUAGAAACAUUGGUGAUCUUCGAUACACAGGGAAUACUGAUCUAACAAGUUAUACACCCACUUACAGUGACACUUCGCCUCGAUACAGAUCAAAUCAUGGAUUCACAGACUUUCCAAGAGAAUCGUAUAUCUCGUCACCAACUUUAAGCAACAGAGGUCUGUUCUCCGAUGGUGAUAGUAUGUCCAAAUAUACAAGAGGUUAUGACAUAAGCAAUAGAAACUCCUCUGACUUCACAACAAAAAGUUAUGAUUCACCAAGAUUCUAUGAUCGAGGCAAAUUUAGUACAGACAGACCUGGUAGCGAGGUAACGUCACCUCCAUUUGAAUUUGGUGUCAAUUACAAGAGUCCAAGAACCUAUGACACAAGCACAAAAAGCCAUGACAUCACCUCAAGAACUUAUGACAGGAACACAAUACUUGAUGAUGUCACCACAAGGAGGUCACCUGCAAGGACCACUAGUAUCAGUGACCGAGAUGUUGUUAACAAGCAGGCCCACGCUGACGCCCCAAUUGACAGGAGGAGGCAGGGGUCUGCUGACUCAACGAGUAGUCACUCCAGUGAGAGAUCUGGUGGUACAGAAGACAGGUCUUUAUUCAAUGCACUGAAACAUCGCUACAAAGAAACAGCAGAGAAACAUCAUGACGAUCCUGGUGGUAGAGCGCCAUUUUCGUCGUGGCGACGCAGCGGAAAUUUUGAAGAUGUGGCAUCAUCAAUUGCUCCAGAAGCACAGAAAGAGAAAACCAAAUCUCUGGAGCGUAAAACAUACCAUAGAGACGCGGACAAGAGUUCUCCACGGGGAGGCUCUUAUCACGAGGAUGAAUCAAGGUCAGGUUACAAGGACACUGAUAGGUCAAGGUCAAAUGUAAAGGACUCAUCUGCUUUAAGUGAAAAGCAGGGGGAAAUGAGCACAGAUGAUCUAAUAUUUAAUUUUCGGCAAGCGCUGUGUCGCCAUGCACUUUCGGAAAAAGAAAAGGCACAAGAACAGGGCAGAGGUGCUGAUUCAAAUGUGCCAAAGGUAGACAUUGAAGAUGACGCAACAGCUCAAAGACUUGAAAGACUUAGAGCUGCUAGAGCCAAGAUUCAUGAACAAAGGCAAACUGAAAAAGUUCAUUCGCAAAGUUUCGCGACAGAAUUUAAAGUAGAUAAAGACAAGCAUGAAAAACCUAGAUCUGAAUCAGCAAGUUCUGUUUCUGCUCAGAAAUCCGACAAAGAUAGGGUUCAUGUUGGAGAACCAGUUUCUAAGUCUGAUGAGCAGAAGCAAAAGCAUGCCACAAAAUUAGCUAGACAGAAACUAGUUUCAGAUGAUCUUAAAGCAAAGUAUAUGAUAAAACGUGAUGAUGAUAAAGAAAAGACUCCACCAAGAGAUGAAGGCCUUUCUAGAAAAAGGUCUGAUAGAAAAGACAGAUUAGAUGAACAUAAAGAAUUUUGGUCAAAAAAGACUGAGCAUGAGAAAGAUUCCAGUAAAAUUAAAGCUAAGUCGGAGUCAGAAUCUGUUCCAACUAUGGAAGAAAUGUUACUUGGUUCAACGCAACAUGCAAAAUCUUUAGUGUCAAAGAAAUUUGAAAAUGUGGAUCAUUCAUCACCAUUCGGUUCAGUAUAUUCAAAACUAUCCACUGUUGUUACAACAACUACAUCAUCAGCCUCAUCAACAUCAGCAGUCACUUCAACAUCACCAUCAUAUCAUACACAGCCAGAAAAAACAGAAAAAUCGAAAAAUGAAAAAUUGAAUGAAAUGGUCUCUUCAAGACGAGUUGAAAUUAAGGAUACCAAAGAAUCAAAAGAACAAAAAAGUGACAAAAGUGAUAAAAAGUAUAAGAAAUAUGCAAAAGCGAAAUCAUUAGAACUUGGGGCAUUAUCAAAGAAAGAAAAAACAGAAUCUGUGAAUUCAGCUGAAACUAAAGAUGAUUCUAAGAUAGAUAGUACUGAAGAUGCAUCCCAAUUGAGUAGAGUAGAAAGAAUAGCUAAAUACAAAGAGGAGAGAAGAAAACAGUUAAAAACUCUUCAAGAAAGGUUUGCAGCAGGGGAUAGUUCAGAAUUACCUUCAUUGUUUCUUUCAAGCAAACCUGAUCAGGAAGACAGUUCUAUAUCAAGAUCAAAAAGUUUAAAAAUUGAGACUGAUAAUAAACUUGAUACAACAAGUAGUGCAAUUGCUAGAUCUAGAAGUUUGAAACAUGAUACUGAUUAUUUAGACAGGUCAAGUCCAGCUUUUGGUGAAACACAUAAGAUGCCUGGACUAAGAUUAGCAGAACUUGGAACACAAGCAAAACCUGUAGAAGUGAAUAAGGAUAAAGAUGUGUAUGAGUCAAGUGAACAGAAAUAUAACACAGACAAAAUUAUUGAUAAAUUACAUGCAUUAAAGAAAUUAAAGGAAGAACAUGCAAAAAAGUCAGGUUCCAGUCAUGAAGAAAUGCCUAAUAUGAGGUACUCAAAAGAAUUCCAAGGUGAUGGAGUUGAUAUAGGUAAACCUGUCUCAUAUGCCUCUAAAGCAUUGCUGGCUGAUAGAGCUAUAGAUAAAACUCCUAGAGAAAAGGCUGUAUCACCUGCAAGAGAUCGAAUUCGGUCUAGGUCGAAGGAAAGAGAAAUUGCUGCUAAAACUGACAAAAUUAUUAAACAGCCUUUUGCUAAAGAAACAGAACAAAAGAGCUUUUUUGAAUUUGGGACAGUUUUUACAAAGAAAGAACCAAAAGCUGAAAAAGAAAAACAGGAAAAGACUUCAGCUCUAGAAGUAAGAAGUGUUGAUGAAAAGGAUUAUGAUUCUGGAAGAGACAGUGCUGAUUUGUCUUCAAGAGUUCGAAGAAAGUUGCCAUCUGUAGAGGAUGUUUUAGGUACCAGUGUUGAGGAUAAAGAAAAUGUUGAAAGGUUAAAUAAAGAAAAACAUUUAAUGAAGGAAAAAGAAACAGAAAACAGAAAACAACAUAUGAAAGAACUGACGGAAGAAGAAUUGUCAACCAUGACUGCUGAACAGAUUAGUAAAAGAAAAAUUGCUGAAAAUAUCGAAAAAGCUAAGCAUAAAUUUUCAGAAAGUGAUAAAUUUGAUGCUCCAAAAUUUGAACUUGGAACAGUUUAUACCAGUAAAAAGACUGAGAAAAAGUCAGUGCCUGAGAAAACUGUAAAACAAGAAAUUAAAUCUGAUGAAAGUAUUGGUAAACAAGAUUCUUUAGAACGAACUCGUAAGAUAAUGUUAGGAAUUUCACCUGAACCUGAACAAGUUCAAAAACUGCAGAAGCCUCAUAAAGUGGAGAAACAGGGAACUGAUUUUGCUCAAUCUAGAAAGGAAGCACACUCUGAGCGAAAACACUCUCAUAAAAAAGAAAAGCAAAUAAAAGAGGAAAAAGUGUCUCAGAAACUAGUCAAAGAUGUAAAAGAGGAAAAGCUACAGGCAAAACAAGAUGAAAAGUCUAGAAAACCACCUUCUUCACCAAGAAGUGAAAGAAGAAAACAAGCUGAAGAAAGGUUUGGUAAAGCUUCUGAAACAUCAGGUUUUGAAUUUGGAACAAGUUACACUAAGAAAGAACCAGUGAUUUCAAAGCAGGUUGAAACCUCGAAAAGAUCAGUAAAAUCUGAGGUGGAAUCAAAGAAAGAGGAAACAAAACACAUGCAGGAACAAGAAGCAAGACCAAUUUCAGUGGGAAGUUUUAAGACAAAGGAAAAAUCCCCAGAACCUAUUUCUGAAAUGAGAAUGGGCAAAAUACCAAAAGCAGACUCUGAGUAUGAAAAAUCAAAAAUACCAACUAGUCAGACAAGAAAAGAGAAACAUAGAAAACAAGAAGAACAUGUCACUGUGCCUAAACAAGAAGUAUCACCAGUAAAAGCCAAGUCUGAAUCACAGUUUAAAUAUGAUAUAAAAGCACAGACUGUAUCAGUAGCCAGUGGACAGAAUGUUGAAGUACCAUCUUCACCAAGAGGCUUAUCUCCUACAAGGGUUGUUGCAAAAACAUUUGAAGGUGUUUCUUAUAAACCAGCCAGUGUUUCAGAAACUGCCUUACUAACAACUGAAGUUAAACCUAUGAAAUUUGAUAUAAAGUCAUCCAGUAAAACUGGAACUGAAUUCACUAGACAGGAACCUCUGAAAAUUUCACAACAAAUAGAGGAAGUGAAAAAAGUGCCUGGUAUAGAAAAAGAAAUUGAAAAACCUGUUGAAAAGCCUCCUGAGAGACAAACUUCAUUCACAAGUUUAGAAGUAAAGACACCUACAAGUGCUAAAACAUCUGAGGCGCCCAUUGCACAAACUGUUAACAAACCUAAGCCAGAAUCUAGUACACCAAAAGAGAGGUCAGUAUUUACCUUUGAAAAUGUGAGUAAAGCAAAGCCUAAACCUGUACCAGAAAUUGAAACUAAAGAAGAAAUUAAGAAACAGGAACCGAAAAUUGAACAGAAACAGAAAGAAAUUAGUAAGAAACCAGAAAAAACAACAGUGAAAUAUGAGGAAAGUAAGGAUGUUUCACAAGUAACUGAAACAAAAACUGUUAAAGAUGACAAAGUUUGUGAAAGUUUAUUUGAAAUGCAUAAAAGACAGGUUGAAGACAAACUAGAAAAGAAACGUGACAGCCUUCAUAUGGAAGACAAACCGGUUGAAAAACAGGAAAAGAAAUCUGAAAUAUUUGAAUUGCACAUGAAACAAAUUGCUGAAAAAUUAGAACCAAGACGAGCAGCUGCACAUGUUGAAGAAAAAUUGAUUACUAAACCUGACAUUGAAAUGAUUGGUAAGCAUGAAAUAGAUUCAAAAAUGAUUGAAAUGCAUAGAAAAGAACUUGAAGAAAAACUUGAGCCAAAAAUUGAACCUAUAGCAGUAGAAAAACAUGAAAAAGUUCAUAAAAUCGAAAAACGUAAACAUGAAAGACCCCAAGUUGAAAAACCAGUUCAAACAAAAGUUAGAACAGUUAUGGAUACAAGUUUAGAUGAUAUUUUAAGUAAAAAUGUGGAAUACCUCAGUGACCUUGACCCACCUGAAUUCAAAAGGGGUCGUUCAGGGGGUAGAAAGCAGAGACCUCAGAGCAUUCAUGAACACCAGAAAGGGAAAAGAGUCCUGAAAAAGAAGUCAUUAUCAUCAAGAAGGAGUAAGUCAGAGGACAGGUCUCAUUUUAAGGUCACAGAAUCCGAUGAAGAUGCUGAGGUCAAAAAGAAGUCAAAGGUUACAGAAGAUUUGCCACAGUCUCCGGUUAAGGCGAACGCUGGUCUUCAGAUGGCGUCAGUCAAGGUCACUGCUUCCAGUAGUGGCAGCAAGGGAUUGCAGCAGAAGUCCGCAGAUGUUCCUAGUCAGAAACCGUCCACAGAGAAAACAGUUGAUAAGCCAAGCCAUCAAAGUGUCUCUAGACUGGGUACUCAAAACUUGCAAGAUAAUAAACCAGUCUUAAAACAGGAAGUUCAGUCUGUGAUCCAGUCUAGAGAACAAUUUGAUAAAAAACAAAAGGAAGAUGAACACAAGUCUAUUAUUGCUUCGGGAAUUCAAAAAUCUUCCGCCUCGGUUUCGGAAAUGCUUUAUGGGGAAAAUAUUCGGAAGGAAGCAUCAGAUAGCUUUACCGAAGUGAACCAGACCGAAUUAUCGGGUGGGAUGGCUUCUGACAUGUCAGAUUUGAUGGAGCGACGGAGGUUUGUUACGCGGGAAGCGGAUACACACAGAAUGGGAACAGACAGCGAUCAGAGUGCCUCGUCGUCGGCAAUGAGUGAAGGCAGUCGGAAACGAAGAAAAGAUAAAAGUUCCAUGCGAAAGUCGAAGCUGAAUGAAUCAAGUGAAGAUGCAUCCUCAUCUGGUCGACGGCGUGAUAGCUCUGACGACAGUUCCAAGGCAUCCAGGGUUGGUGUUCGUAGAGUUUCGUCAUCAAGGCUAUCCAGAGAAUCCAGGGAAGACAAAUACAAGGGAGAUCAACAAGAGGUGUUUGACGCCUUGAAGAAACACGACCUUGAAAUUUCAUUAACAAAACCUGGAACCAGUCAUAAUUCCACAACUGAGAACCAGUCCACUGACAAGCAUGCCAUUAACACUGAUCAUAAGCAUGUGAAUAACAUUGAAUCACCUCGAUUUGUGAACAAGUCCGUUUUAGAUAGUAAUUCAGUGCUUCCAUCGAGAUUUGCUUUGCCGUCCAAAGUUUCAGCUGCUAUAUCCAAACUGACUGAAUCCAGUGAAAAAGCUGCACCAGAAGGUUCAUCUAAGAAAACAGAGGAACAAACAAAACGUAUAAGGAGGGGAAACAACUUUUCCCAACUUUUACAAAAGUUUUCUGGGUCAGAAGCCUCAAGUUCUGAAAGAUCUGAUUCUGAAUCUCCUAGGAGAAAUAAAAUUUUCUUAAAAAGACAAGAGGCAUGUGCCGUUAGUAGCGGAAGUAGUGAUGAGACUAGGAGAACUCCAGAGCGAACCCAAAGUCUGAAAUUACGAAGUAAAGAAUCACCAGUCAUGGAGAAAGAAUCAGGUAGUUCAGUUCAAAGGUCAUCUAGUUUUAGAUCAGACUUUAUGAAGCGACGAUUUAGUCCAGAACCGGAUAACCGUAGACGGCUGCCAAGUACUCCAGCUGAACAGUCAGAUCAGCCCUCUCCUGAACUAGCUAAAGUGUUAAGCAAAAGAAAUGAAAUUGUUGCUAAGCAACAAGAAGAUGGGGAAGUUGUUGAAAAGCGAAGAAUACAUGACGGUAGGGUUGAAAAAGCUGAUAGACAUUCUGCUGCUGUAGAUGAUGAGGUAAUAGCAGACUCAGAGGUUCUUAAAAUGUUAAAAUCAAGAAGAAAAGAAACAGAUUCUUCUAUAGAAAAUUCUUCUGUCUCUGAAAGUGAAAACAAGUCUCAAAAACCAUCUUCUCAUGUUGAAAGUGCCUUUAAAUCUGACACAAAAACUCAGUUGUCUCAGACAUCCAAAGCAUCCACUGAAAGUGAUAAAGAAAGAGGGAGGUUACAAUCUCAGUCUUCUGUAGAAAGCAAACUUACAAUUAAUUUAGCAAAAACAGAAAAGGAGAAAGUUUCACACCCUGCCUCACACCUUGAUAAAUCAGAAAGUGCCAAAUCAAAAACUUACGUCCCAAAUUUAGAUCUCGCUUCCAUAGACACAAGUUUAGAUGUUCUUAAAACUGUAACUGAUGAUUUAGAUGACACAGAACAUUCCAGUGAUAAAUUAAACACAGAUCUUUCUCAUUUGAAAGUUACUUCACCCACUCAAGUUGCCCAGUUUAUAAAAACUGUUGAAAGUGAUAGUCAUAGUCAACCAGAAAUCAAAUCACAGACUACUCAGAGUAGAACUGAGGCACAAGAACAAAAAUCAUCCAGAAGUAGAGUGAUUGAAUCCAAAGUGCAGUCAAAAACAGAAUCUAUUCAAAGACCUUCUUCCCCUACUUCCCCACCACAUGGAAGCAUUAACAUCACCAAUAAAAGUCAGAUUAUGAGGAAGAUCUCAACAAGAGACAGAACUCCUGAAAGACAAAGUCCAAAAAGAUCAGGACCGAUGAAAGUGAUGGCGCCAAUGAGUUCUUCUGGUUCGGGACUAACAAGAACAGAAUCUGUUGGUCGCUCAGAAUCUGAGAGACCAAAGGGAAUCCUGAAGCGAACACCGUCAUUGAAGCAAAGUGGUGUCAUAGUCGAUCCAGAACUCGCAGAGGUGUUGAAGUCUCGGCGAAACCGACAUGAAGAUGUAGAUGAAGAGGAAGAAGAUAACAAGUUGACUGCAGAAGAGGAGAUUAGAAAAGCAAGAGAAGAAGCUCAGCAGAAAGAUGAUGUUGCCUCCGAAAGGGAAGUGUCUGUUGCCGAGAGAAUAUUUCAGAUGCACACAAAGAUUGAAGAAGUAAAAUCGUGUCCUAUAACUCCGAAAGCAAGAUCGGGAUUCACUACUCCAAAGUCUGCUUUACAAAGGUCUGGAAAUAUAUCGCCUAAAGGUCAGUUCAGUUUUGACGAGAGCAGCAAACAGCUUGAACUAUCUGGUUCCCAGCUCAUAGAACGUCUAACAACUCUUGAAGGGCGCCAGACUAACAUCUCAGAGAAACGUCAGAAGUUUCAGCAUCGCCGGCGAGAUGACGCCAGGACGCGCACGCAACCUGUAACACUACAAGAAAUACAGCUAGCAGACAGUUUAGAAACAGUGAAGAAGUUCCGGGCAGAGGUGAUCCAGAAAGCAUCGACAAACGUUUUUGAAGCUCUUCAAAAAGAAGAGAAACAAGUGCCUGCAAAGAAGACAGAAUUCCCACAAGAAUUACGAUUAGAGCGUAGAUCUCGAGGCCAGCGUCAUAAAACUUUACCUGUCACUGCCGCAGAGUUAAAUGCAAUACCUGAAGACAAGCCUUCAGAGACAAUGAAUUCUUUGAAAAAGAAAUUUGAUUCUUACGGUGCUAGAGACUCUAAAGCAGAUUCGGGUAUUCUCAGUGGCUCGGAAGGUGAAAUUAUAACACAUGAAAUGGAGAGCUGGAGAAGUUUGAGCGUGGAAGAAAACAUCGGUGAAGAUGAUCCAGUUAAACUUAGCGUUUCUGCUAAAGCUUCAAUGUUUCAUCAGAUUCAGGAAUCGUUAAAAGAGAGACAAGAGAAGAAAUCGGCAAGCGGUGCUAAAAGAUACAUUGAUCGUAAAAAGCGUGAAAGGUCAAGAACGUUGCCAAUUACAGAAGAUGAAGUGAAGUUGGCAGCGGAGAUUGCCGACAAAGAGGAAGAGGAGAGUAAGAAAGGGGAGGAAACUCCUGUAACCGAACCAGCAGAAGGUGAAGGUGAUUCAGAUGAAUUGUCAAGACAAAGUUUGAAAGAUAAAGUGAAGUUGUUCACGUCUAUAGAAGAAGAAAAGAAAGCUGUAGCUGCAAAAAAAGGUCUUCCCCCACCGCCAAAGCGGAAGAACAGAAAACUUGCUUCCAGAUUCGCAACCCAGCCUGUAACUUUUGAAGAGGUAGAAAAAGCUGCAAAGAUCUCGCCACUAGCAUGUAGUCUUGUGAAGCCGCCGGACCCAGAAAUCCUCUCUGGACUGUCCGUGAAGGCCCAGAGGGAGCUAACAGCCCAGCAUGCACAGCAAACCCUCUCACAGCCCAGUUCACGCUCAAGUUCCAGGGUACCCUCUCGUGCUGCCUCAAUAGGGGAUUUGAGCACAGAGGUUAUAAAUAAAGAUUCUUUGACAGCAUCCAACACUGACUUUAACCAGAACCAGUCAGCAAUAGACAAUAGUUCAGAGACUGUUAGACCCUCUGAUGUUAAAACUAAAGGAUUUGAAGUGAAAAAACAAGAGGAAUCUGUUCAUUCAUCACAAUCAGUUGAAAAAAUAACAACAAGCAAACUAGACUCACAGAAAAAGAACAUUUUAAAGUCUCAGUUAGAAGAGAAACUAUCUCUCCUACAUAAAGCACCUAUUGGAUUAAGACCAAAUUCCGAUGUGGUUCCAACAAUAAGUGAUAUAAAUAAAGCUUUACAUAAAUCUUCGUCAGUAGAUAGUGCACAGUCUAGUGAAGUUAAAGGAAUACUCAAGAGAGAGGGCAGCUUUGAGACUAGAAAGAUGGAUGUAGAUAUUAAAAGUGCAAUAAAAGGUUCAGACAUUACUGCUGACACAGUAGCUGAAGUGGAUAGUGAAGAUAAUGUGAUUGAAGGGUUUGAAUCUUCAGGGGAUAAUCUGGAUAGUGAUGAAGGACUUCUGGAAGCUGGAAGUGAGAAAGCUGAUGAUACACCAGUGAGAAAGGGCAGCAAAGCUAGAAGAAGGUUUAACAGAGACAGAAAAUUAGAGCAAGAAAGAUACAAAACUCAGCCAGCGGAAGGCAGCAGUGAAACUCCAGAUUCCAUUAGGGCCAAGAAGAAAUAUGUGGGGCGUCAUUUUACACAACCGGUCACACCAGAUGAGAAACAGGAGGCAGAAAUUGCCACAGAUAUGCCAGAAAUACAGAAAACAGGGUCUAUAAAUGACAGGUUAAAUGCGUUGAAGAAAAGUGGGGAUGAAGACUGGAGAAAGCGAGUGUCUCGCCCAAUUGAUCUGGACAGAUUAGACCGGCGAUCAGCAAGCCCAGACCCUAUCACACCGACUGCCGGGGUCAAAAUGAGGGAAAAGAAAAGUCUGGAUGUCCCAAGGCCGUCUAGUAUAGCUGAUAGAUUGUCGGCACUAGAUUCUGCACAGGAAGGAUGGAGAGACCGUGUGGGCGAGACUGAUGUGAAGAAGUUUACUAUCGAACAUAAAAUAACUUCUUCUGGCCAGACUGUCGGAGAGAGCCCACUGGUUGCUAGGUUACGAGGAAAAACACCAAGGAAAGAGCACAGUCGAGACUCCGAAUCUAGCGAAAAUUCUGAACUUAUAUCACCCACGUCCCCGACAAAGCCCCUCCCAAAGGAGGUUGUGUGUCCAGACCUGCCUGCCGAAAUGCUGGUUGAAGAGAGUAAAUCACCAUUGGCAAUGUUCAGCACUGUGGAGGAAGAAAAAAGUAGUUCUACCGUGGCAGUUCCAAACGUGGGGGCAGAAAUAGAGGACUUCUUCCAAUCAAGCGAUAAAGUUUCUGUAAAAUCCUCGGAACUUGACGUCACUGUGGACGACUUUAAUGAGUUAUUUAUGAAUGCCAAUGACAUGCUUGAACCCACCAAGAGAGCAAAACCAAAGAGGCGUUACAACACCAAAAGUAGAAAUCCACUAAAAACUAUGUCAGCCUGUUUAGAGGUCAAAUCUGAGUACACAGAGGUCAUUCAUGGUGUUGCAGAGCGUGAACUGAAGAGUGUCAAAGUUGCAGCAUUGCAGCAGAAUUCAGGUUUCGCUGUGGAAGCGUUAGCUGGUCUGGCCAGCAUGGAGAACUUUUCUAAGGUUGAACUACGCAAGACAGACUCAAACGGGGCUGGUUCCCCGGGAUCUAACUCACGACUUGAACCGUAUCUUCCUCUGAUGCUCAUACAUAUCAAAGGCCGGAGAAAAGUGCAAUGUCGAUUAGUUGAACCGAAGGCGGAGUCGGUAAACAGUGGUGAUUGCUAUGUACUGGUAACACCAGACAGAAUUAUACAGUGGAUCGGAGAUUACUGUAAUGUGAUAGAAAAAGCCAAAGCUGCAGAUGUCUGUGAUUUUGUAAAGCAGAAACGUGACCUUGGUUGUAAGCAUGCACGAGAGGUUACAACACUUGAAGAAAAGAAAGGCAGACUGGGCAAUGCGCGGAAUUUCUGGGAUCUUCUCGGUGGAUAUAAGCCUUCUAUGUCAUCAGGACCUGCUGAAGAAGACGAGCUUUAUGAGACCCAUAUUGUAGAAACUAACAUGAUUUACAAACUGGAGAACAAUAAACUGGUACCUGUACAAGAAUAUUGGGGGAACCAGCCAAAAUAUGAAAUGUUACACUCUAGUCAGGUGUAUGUAUUUGAUUUUGGAAGUGAGCUGUAUUUAUGGCAAGGAAAAGCCGUACCACCAAACCAACGCAAGGUUUCCCUCAAACUCGCUCAGCAGUUAUGGAACCAGGGUUAUGAUUAUAGCAAGUGUGAAAUUAAUCCUGUCUCACCGUUAAGAACUGAGGAAGAAGGGGGCUUAUCAGGCAUCAGUGAGAAGAGACCAGACUGGGCAUUAUUUGGCAAGGUCAAUGAGAAUAUGGAAACCAUUCUGUUCCGAGAGAAGUUUGCUGAUUGGCCAGAUACCUCAAGGUUGAUCAAGGUCAAAAGUCAGGAAGAGGUCAACUCUGCCAAGUUUGACCUUGCUGACCUUAAAGCAUAUGAUGCGAAACUAAUGGUACCUGUUGAUACAAAGCCAGUUUCUUUGGUUCUGGAAGGAUCUAAUGUUGGUAGAGGUACAAAAUGGGAACAAGAUAUGGAUGGUUUCAUUCAAGAGCAAGACAUACAGACGCGUAAAGUGCGUGUCUGGCAUGUGUUAGAGUAUGACCAUUAUGAAAUUGAGGAUCAUAGUUACGGACAGUUCCACGAGGGUGAUACGUACGUGGUACGAUGGCAGUACAUGAUUGUAAAUGCAGGCAUGAAGAGUUUAAAGGGGCAAGCUUCAAGAUUUUCUCAGAUGGGACGGGAAAGAUGUGCGUAUUUCUUCUGGCAAGGGAAAAGUUCAACGAUAAAUGAAAAAGGAGCCUCAGCACUCAUGACUGUAGAACUAGAUGAAGAAAGAGGUCCUCAGGUUCGAGUCUCAGAAGGCAAGGAACCAGCUUGCUUCUUGAAUUUAUUCAAGGGUCGGACAAUAAUUCACAUCGGGAAACGGGAGGAGGAGGAAACGAACACACAGGGGCCAUGGAGAUUCUAUUGUCUACGUAAUGAAUAUGACAACGAAAUGUGUUUAAUUGAAGUGCCAAAAGACAUUAGUAAUUUACGCAGUGUGUCUUCGUGUUUGUUACUCAAUGUUGUGACUGGAAAAUUGACAGUAUGGCACGGUUGUAAAUCUCCAGAACACACAAGGAAAUUAGCGAAAAAGGCAGCAGAUAACCUCAAAGAAAGAUGUCCACUAGAAGUUGGUCUACACCAGGGUGUUAGUAUAGACAUCUGUGAGGUAGAGGAGGGAGAGGAGAAGACCGAUUUCUGGAGAAUGAUGAAUGUACAUAUACGUGAUAGGUCAAAAUACCACUGUCUUCUAAAUAAUCCCGAGUCUUUCAGCCAUACUUUACGUUUGUUUCACAUGACAAGUGUUUCUGGGGUAUUUGAGGCACACGAAAUCAUGAAUCCAUCCCGCACGCCAGAAUUGCCAACAAAAUUUCCCGUCCUUCAAGCAGAUCUCUACAUGGCGCAGCAGCCGACACUGUUCUUGGUGGAUAACGGUCACGAAGUUUAUCUGUGGCAGGGUUGGUGGCCAGAGGGCGAUGAGGACCAGGAGAAUAUACUUACAGGUUCAGCCCAGACCAGGUUCACUGUAGAUAGAAGAUGCGCCAUGGAAACUACUCUAGCUUAUUGUAAAGAAAUCAACCCAGAGAAUCCUCCGCCAGCAUAUAUGGUCUAUGCGGGACUUGAACCUCUGUCUUUCACCAAUCUUUUCCCAUUCUGGACAGUUGAUGAAAAUGUGAGGGAAAUCAACAUAAGGGAUGGUAAGACAGAAGGAGAGUUGGUACCAGUACAAGAUCUUCUCAAGAAGUUGACCAAAACAAGAUACACCUUCGCUGAGCUGCUGGAAACACCCCUUCCCGAGGGCGUCGAUCCAUUGAAAUUGGAGUCUUAUCUUUCUGAUGAGGAAUUUGAGGCGGUGCUGGAGAUGACUAGAGAAGAGUUUUAUGCCUUACCUGGCUGGAAACAGCAGAAGCUCAAGCAGCAAGUGGAACUUUUCUAAACACACUGUUUAAUGAGGACUGUGACAUACUGUUUAGUGAGGACCGUGAAAAGUAAACACCAUGUUUAAUGAGGGCUUUGAAAUACUAAAUAUCAUGUUUAAUGAGGACUACCAUGUUUAAUGAGGACUGUGAAAAUUAUCUAUUCACCAUGUUUUGUGACAAGUAUAGAAAUUUGUUAGUACCUAAGCUGGUGUAUGGACUAAACUAAAAAAUGUUGGUUUUAUGUCAGAAUUAUUUAGACACAUGGUGAAAAUGAAACCAAGAAAUGUUAUAUCUGCAUUAAGUUGCUACCAUUUCUUGGCUUGUGGAUAGAAAAUUGCUAACAAUUCAAGUGAAUAAACAAGUAUCUCAGUGCAAUAAAAUUGACUUUGAAACCUUUGCAAUAUAAUGCAUAGAGAAAUCCCCAGCGUUACUUCCCCUGAUAAGACAAGAUAUUGAUAAUUUAGUGCAAGAAAACUCUUAGGAAAGAAACAUCUUAAAAUGGCAGAAAAAUGUAGCUUUGCACAGCAGCCCGUGUCAAAAUGGCAGUAAAAUUUAGACUUUCACAGCAGCUAAAAUGUGUGUUAUAUUGUCACCUUGGCGCAAAAAGUGAUUAACUGAAUUGACAUAAAGAAGCAGUUAACCAUUUUUGCACAGAGAUGAUGAUUUUGUAAACCCCGUCCCUAGCACAAACUGUAGGUGACAGUUCCAGUUUUUUUGUGUUUGUUAUUUAGCCUAUUCAUUGAAGACUGAAAGCACUCACAGAUUAAAUAUAUUCUCAUUUGGAAAAAUGCCAAAAUAUGCUCAUAAACAUCACAAUUAUGCUGUUGUUGUUUUUUAAAAUAACGAAAAGGCAAUAUUUUUAUGACAUGUAUAUUUUUGAAAAACUAGUCCUUUUUCAUCCAAUUAAGCUGGUUCCGCUACAUGUAUUGUGAUGUGUGUUAAUAUGUGCAUAUUACACACUUGUGCUCAACAUGCAUAUUUUGAAUACAUGUUUGAUUUCCAUUCAGUUUGUAUGUUAACACAUAAUACAUUCAAUGUCUCAUAAAAAAUAUACAUGUGCUAUAUAUAUUUGUUUUACUAAUAUGAGAAAUGGUAAGAUUUACUUACAUUACUGACAAAAUAUGUCUUAAUUUUUAUGCAUUUAUGCAGAAUAAAUUCCUGUACCUAAAAAAUAAAGAAAAAAUGAUUUACAAUAAUCUGGAAUAAGUUAUUCUAUUUCUGGCCUCAUAUAUAUUUUUACGCCACCUUAUUUAUUUAUUUGACCUACAUAUUUUAUCGCUGUCAACAAUAAAGUGCUGCUUUGCAUACAAACUAUUCUGCUGAAACUUUUUACAUCAUUUUUUUUUUUCAUUUUAAAAUAAAAUUAAAAUAGACAAUUUUUAGAAAUCGGUAAAAACAUAUUUUGGUAACACUAACCUUAAGACGGUAAGUUUCAAACAUAGAAUAUAUUUUAUAUGAAAUUUGCAUAUAGUAGUUUUAGUGUUGCAUAGAAACCUAGACUUGCCUGUGAUAACCUUUUUUGCUGCCUUGUACAAAUUUGAUAUCAAUAGAAUGAAAUAUUUUACUUCUAUUUUUUUUUUCAGUUUCCCUCUUUCCAUUAUAUCAUUUGAAAAUUUUUAGACAUAUCAUGGAAGCGAUUUUGAAUAAAUAUUGCGUUGUUGCAUUUACAUACUGCUAAACUAUUUUCAAGAGAUUUUUAUGAUCAAGUAUUUAUGUGUUUGUUCUUAAUGAAUUUGUUGUAAGAUCAUACUACGUUUAGAGAACAUAUGAUUGAAGUUAAUAAAAGACCUUUCAAGUUUGUUUUAGAACUUUGUUUAGAAAUUAAAAGUGUCCUUUAAAUACUAUUAUUUCAUGUAUUAUGAAACACGUGUUUCUCAGAAAAUGAAACGUUCACCCGUAUCGUCAAAACUUCAACAGAGUUUGUUAAAAAUUAGGAGAGGUAGAAUAUCCAGAAUUAAGUAGAAAUAACAAACAGUAUUAUACAAAUGGAAUUCAAUUUGAUAACAGAAGAUUCUGUUUCUUAUUCAGUUUUUACAUGGCUGUGUUAUGAAAUUGUAAAUAUCAUGAAAUCAUGUGAUAUUAAUUGUGUAUAGUGUUUCUGUUACCUGUAAAAUUGUUAAAAAUGAUCGAAAGAUUUUGUUUGUUUGCUUAAUUUAUUAGAAUUUUGUGUGAUUUGUUGUUGAAAUAUAUUUUUAAUAAGUUGUGUUUAAUAUAUAUGCAUGUAGAAUUUGUAACAGCUUUAACAACAUAUAUUGUGUUCAUAAACGUGUACUGUUUUCUGUAACAUGCAUAGAAACGUGUAGUUCUGUAUAAAUAAAAGCUGUACAUGAAUUGUACAAAGAUUGUGUAAAUAAAUUGUAUGAAUACUGUAGAAAAGUUCCCGAGUUAAAGAAUUUUGAGUUAGACCUGUACCAUAUUGUAAAUAUGUAUUAGAAUUUUGUACAGUUAUAAAGAACCGCGUCAGUGCUUUGAAUUAGCAAAUGUUAUAUCAUUAUAUAUCUUCCAUGAAUAAAUUAAAUGCCAUCAUA